GUCCAGUAGUGUGGUAGUACCUCUGGCUUCCACACCUUUUCGCUCCGCCAAGACUUACCCGAACACGUAGCUCAUCACGUGCAGGCCUCGCUUUCAAGAUCCGACUCACACUUCAACCUUCCUUUCACACAAACUAACAAAAGCCCACCAUGCAGCGCCCACGCAACCGCCAACCCCGCGACUCCAACUCCAACUCGAGUUCCCGCGGCCGUGGCAACCCCCGCGGCGGUCGACCCUCCCACCGCAAUUCUCCGCGAUCCUACAACUCCUCCAGCUCUGUCCCCUCCUUCUCCGCCCUCGCUUCCGGCACACCCGUUUCUAUCGUCCUUAAAAUUGAUCAGCCUACUGGGCAUCAGGUUCGCGGCAUAGUAGCCGAUCUCCUGACGCGGGGCGAUCACCCCCGCGGCGUAAAAGUGCGGUUGCGAGACGGGCGUGUAGGGCGAGUGCAAGGGCUUGUUUCGCUUGCGGAAGGAGAGGCCGGGGAGGCGGUGGCGGGUGGUGUUGGUGCAAACUUAGGGCGGGAUGGUGAGAAUGGUAGUAUAAGAGGAAGAGCUAGGCAGUUCAAAUAUACGGAUGUGCGGGAAGAGGAGGAUGGGGAGUAUGAACAAAGAGUGAGCAGUCUAGCGGAUUAUUGUCCGCAGCUGGCGCAGUUGGAACAGAAGGAGAACAGCGAGGUGGGAAGGCGCAAUGUGGGGGUCGAGCCUGUGACGGCAAGGUGUCCGGUUUGUGGGGAGUCUGAGGGUGAUGAGGUGGCUGUGGCGCAUCAUGUUGAGGAACAUUUUCGGGGAGAUGGGUGAAAGGGUACAUCGCUACGUAAUGGAUGUUGCAAAACACCGACAACAUGAACCCUCGCGAUGCCCGCUGUUUGGUUGGGCCUUUGAGGUGCAGAAGGAAGGACCCGACAGGGUACCUGAGCCUGGCCUUGACACGCAUGGCUUUGACUCUUGUCCCUCGCGAACUACGGGACCUGGAAUUGGCGCUAAAUCAGACUGGUCCCUGAGGACUAGUCACUCCACGUCCUCUGAUUUUCUAAGGAUC